AGCCGUACUGUAGUAAGUAGCCUUUGCUGCUGCUACUGCUUGUGGUGGAGAAUUUUGGCUCGAGCCACGGUGAAACAAGAUCCCUUUUUCCCAUGCCCACAACAAACACAAGGACUGAGCAACAAUGACUUUCCUUAGGAGAGGGAACUUUGGGCCCCUUGAGGAACCAGCCAGAAAUACAGUGGACUAGGAACGAGGGAACUUUGAGAGAAUGGCCACCAACAACUAAAUCAAUUGCUUCUUCUGUGUUCUGCUUGCUUGUGCUGAUGUGUGACUCUCAGUUUCGAAUAGAUUUUCCUUAUUAGUUUGAUUUCUGGUGACGUUCAUGUUCCAUUGGUCUUCGUCGACGAGAUGAUUCAGAGACAGAACAAUAAACUAAAAUAAGCUGGUUCACUAUCAACUAUUUCUUAAUUUCAUACUUAAAUAUUUCUAAUAUUUUAAAAAUAGUUAUUGGUCGGUUGAGUGGAGGUGUUGUUAAAUAUUAAAUAUGCCGUGAAAUUAUUAUUGGAAUUAUUUGGAAUAACCGUGAUCUGACAGACUGAUUUGGACUUGUAAUAUAAAUUAUACAUGUAAAACCAACCGAAUGGACCCAGAAAUAGAAAGAAUGGCUGAUUGAUAAGAAAACCAAGUUAAAAACACUUCACCUAAAAUAACUUGUGGUGUGCGUGGACACAAUUACUAAAUCUCGACCAGUGUGGCAUCUUCAAAACAUAUGUAAAAGGGUGAACAAGUUGACAGAUGGAUUCCCUUUUGAGGACUGAGAACGACCCACGAGCCCUCCUCCUUCCAGAAGCGGUCCCCGUCCUCCCAGCCGUCGACGUGGACGAUGACAGCAGCUCUGAUGACCUCCCUUCCACCGUUGACAUUGCCGCCUUGAUUGAACCAAUAAAUGACCAAUUAAUGAUGCGAACAUGGCGGAGUACAUCAUGUAUGCCCAGAGCAAGGGUGAAAGUUUCCGAGGUCCCCAAAAAGGAUAAUAAUGGGGUUCCCAAUCGUUUAGAUAUUACAUGCAAUUCCGAAGAAUCUCAAGAAGACUCUCCAGACUCUACUUCUGGUGACAACUCGGAUUCGGAUUCUAGCAGCAGUUCAGGAUCUUCCUCAUCUAAUUCUUCUUGCAGCUCCAACUCAUCUUCCUGUGAUUCAGAUUCUGAAAGCAAUCAGUCCUCUUCCUGUACGUCAACUUCAACGCGUGGGGUAUCUCUUUCUCAAAAAAGAGGAAACACUAACGUCACUUUAUCCAAUAAGCCCUUGCCACUGGUGCCAACCAAAGAUCACAAAUACAAGGACCAUUCUGAGAGUAGUUCAAGUACAAGUAGUAGAACCAGAAAGAGUAAAAAGUCCUUUUCUGUUAAUUAUGAGCCUGGAAGUCUAAAACUGAAAAUUGCGGCAUUACGCGUUCCUGAUCGUCGACAAAAAUUGGAUACAAAUAGUUCAUCCUCAAGAGAAAAUUCACCAUCAAUUAGUUCCAGACAUACCAUCAAUCAACAGGCAUCUGAACAGAUUGUUGGCAAACCGUGUGAUUCAUCAGUGGCUCCGGAUCGUGAAAUUGCGAAAUUGCAACGAUCUGCAGUAGUUCCAAGCAGUUCCAGUUCUUCUGGUAUGAGAAAUUCAGGGACAAGUCGAACAAGUCCAAGUAGUUUGUCUCCUCGUACAUCUACUAGUGUUUUGUGUUCAAAUUUAACCCCGUCAACACCUGUGAUACCGAAUUUAAACAACAACAAUGUGACUGUAACGACGUUUAGCAGCAGCAACAGUGGUGGUAGUAGUAGUAUUCCUGCGAGAGAAAGGGAGAGGUAUCAAUGUCCAUCUGCCGUCGGGUCAUAUUCGCCGACUCUUUUCAACGCUGGAUCUCCUGGUGAUCAGCAAAUGGAUCCUGUACUCCGUGUACUAUCCCUUCACAGAAAUGCUGAUUUGUCUAUUUUCCCAAUAAAUCCUCAGUCCGCCCAACAGUCAAUGUCUUCACUAUGUACAAAAACGAGCAACGGCACUCCAGAUUAUUCGAUUAUGACAACCCAGGGCUCUGCUCAAAACAUCUCUUCCACCACGUCGUCAGUUAGGUCUUCGAAACGACUAUCAGCUCAGCGAAGAUCCACAGAGCAAUCUGACGACUUUGAUGGUUGGGAAAAUAACACAGAUACCAAUGAUGCAGUGAUGAAGGCAAUUCAUACUAUCGAUUCAAUGGAAAUGGAUCCACCAGAGAAAUCUUAUUUAAACUGUAGAUCUAAGAAAAACUCGCAUAAUUCACUGCUUGAAGUAUUGAAAUCGUCUGUGUCGCCAACGGUUGGUGACCUUUCGGUUAAGAGAAUCAGCGGACCUUUAGACUCCACAUUAGAAAAGUCUAAUAAGUCUACUGCAGCUGUCGUUUUGCCUUCUGCUUCUUCAUCUCCUCCUCCUCCUCUUAUUUCAAGACAAAUUGCGCAUCGAGAAAAAGUGGUUCAACAAGUUAUGAUGACAACUCCCACUAAUGCACCCAAGAUGCAACAUUGUACUCCAAAAAAACGUAUGUCAAAUAGAACUAAAUCAACAGUCCCUUCUUCCAAGUCUGGUAUUGUAGAUGAAAAGCAACACAAUCACCAACACCCCAACAUUAACCAUAAUAUUGCUAAACUCGCAGAUAUUACAGCAAAACCGAAAAAGACUAAAUUGACUUGCCUUGUGACCUCACUUAGUCCGAAGAAUAAGGCAAAAUUCAAUGGUGAUGUAAACAAAACCUUCCAAUCCUCUGCAUAUGAAGUAGCUGGUCGUCAUUCCUCAUCCGCUGCCAAAGUUUUACAUUCGUCAUAUAACGGGGAAGUAAAAAUGCCACCAAUGAAUGGACUCAAAGGAAGAAAAAAGGCCAGCACCACUGCGGCGAAUAAUAAUAAUACCAACGGUGUUGUUAGUGAAUUUUACGCCGCCGUUCCAUCAGCGAUGCCUGUCAAGACUAAAGCUGCAAAAAAAUAUAUCCCAGAAGAAUCUGAACUAGUCAUGUCUGCUCCUUCUCAGAGUAAAAGUAACAAAACAAGCAAAAAGUUAUUACUAAAAAAUGAUGACAAAAUAACGCCGCCUGUGCUGGUCAAGACGAUUAAGAAAAAAUCAAAGAAACAACAAACUAAGGAAAAAAAGAAGAGAAAGAAGCGGUUGGGACUCUUGCAGCCGGAAAUAAUAAGCUUUUGUGAAAAGCUAUUGGCUAUCAGAAUCGGCUCCAAAUCAUCCAGAAAGGGCCCAAAGCCCACCCGACCAGCCACGUUCAAAAAAACAAUUUUUAAAAUGACGAACAAUACUGCAUUAUUUGGUCCGGCAAGAUCAGGAAAGCCUGUAAGAAUUCAACAACAGCUACCUGCAACUACUGCGUCAGGACGAAAACAAAGGAAAGCAGCCCAUCCUGAAAUUUUACAAUCCAGUAACCACAAAAGAAAUACAUCUGAUAAGAGCGAAACUUCCAGCCAUCUUCCUCUUAAAAAGCGUCAUCAUAACGCCACACCUUCCAUGAGUCAAGGAAUCAAACCUGUGCGUCACAGUUUUGGAGAAAAAGGCAUGAUUUGCGGGACUGGAUUUCUUACAACCUCCACCUGCUCCCCUAAGAAGAUGAACGAAACCUUUCAAAAACUAGGAGAGAAUAAGGAUAAAGUAAGUUGGGAGCAGGCAGCAGGCAACAGAACGAAGCCUCAACUCAACUUAUCUCCAGAUAUCACGGAAGCAAGCCGGCGCUCAGUUCGUAUGAGGAAGCCAAAAAAAUUGGACAUUGAGUCAACAGUUUUAUCUGAUAAUUCCAAACAGGUCACGAGCUCCUUCCUUGUGUCUUCUCCCUCUGGUCGAUCGCCAAAAAAGAAAAUUGUACAAUUCCAGACCAUUUCUGUUGCUGCAAGUAAUAAUGAAGAACCCACUACUAGUAUUAGUACACGGACAGAAAAGGUUACCCCAUCAUCACCACGGUUGUCACCGGUCCGGGUAAAACGAGAGCGAGAACAAAGCCCUGAUAUUGGAGAUCUCGCCGCCGUAAUUGUCAAAAAGCAGAAGAUUAUUUCUUCGUCUAAGAAUAACAAGUCAGCAAACAUAAUUAAGGAGCAGAAAAAUGCUACGGAUGCUUUGCAAUUAUUGGACGACAUCGCAUCUAUUGCCCGAGUGUCUAAAAUCUCUCCUACCUCAUCACCCUUAACAAACCAAACACAACAAGGUCCCAAAAAACGGAGAAAGGUCAACCGAACUGGGUUUCCUAGUGUACGAAAGAAAAAGAGGUCCUCAAUAUAUUUGCACCAAUUUCACAAUUCAAAUGGGAUGGAUGACCCGGUGAUUCCGUCGCUUAAAAUAAAACAGGAGGAACCGUCCCCACCUCUCGUCAUCGGAGACAAUACUCCAACAACAAAGAAUAAAAUGAAGAAACAACCGUUGGACAAAAUUAAAAGACUGUCAAAUGUAACUUCUUCAUCACGGUCUGUAAUCCUACCUACCGACUUUACUCCCACGUUGACAGAACGAGUUAAGACUAGAAGGCGUCUGUCUCUUGAAAGUCCCGUUACCGAGAAAUCUCCAAAUAUUGUGCCUGGAGUUUCUCCAGCUUUGCUUAAUAUAUCAGACCCUCCAAUCAUUGUGCCCGUGAAAACCAACUACUUGCCGGCUGGACUACUGUCAAAUUACUUUAAAGUUUUGGACUCUACUUUGGAGCGACCAACUCAACAAGAGACUAUUUUUCCUCCGCCUCGUGAUGCUGAAUCAGGAAAUGUCGCACGGACCACCAGAAUUGAUUAUCUACUUCCGUACGAUAUGUGGUGCUUGGGGGUUAUUAACGCAAAUAGGAAGCAUGAAGAAUGGAAGGCAAAAUUACAGAUCGAAACAGAAGCAGCUGCAGCUGCCCUUGCUGUCACGAAGCGAAAACCACAGGUUGUUGUUGGAAGUGAUGCUAAGCCAAAGAAAGCUAAAAUGCCGACUGAACUUCCGCCAUCCUGGACGUUUAAAAAGAUUCGACAAAAUGCAUAUUAUGGAGUGAAUAAACCUCAGUCAGAAGCAGAAGUGGAUCAACUAUGCACCUGUCCUGAUGGGGAUGUAAAAUGUGGGACAGAAGACUGCUUAAAUCGGUUAAUGUAUACAGAAUGUCCACCUGCGUGCGGUGAUAAUUGUUUGAACAGACGAAUACAAAAACAUGACUGGGCUCAUGGGAUUAAAAGAUUUCUAACUCACGAGAAAGGAUAUGGAGUGAAAACGAAGGAGGAAAUCCGCAAGGGCGAGUUCAUUCUUGAAUAUGUUGGAGAAGUCGUAUCGGAAGCAGUGUUCAAAGAAAGGAUGCACACAAUAUACAUUAAUGACACACAUCAUUACUGCUUACAUCUUGACGGGGGGUUGGUGAUUGACGGUCAUCGGGCAGGUGGUGAAGGUCGUUUUGUAAAUCAUUCUUGUUCUCCAAACUGUGAGAUGCAAAAAUGGUCUGUCAAUGGUCUGUCAAGGAUGGCGCUUUUUGCUCACCGAGACAUUCAUCCUGGAGAGGAACUCUCCUAUGACUAUAAUUUCUCCCUUUUCAAUCCUUCAGAGGGACAGCCAUGUCAUUGCGGUAGCGUUGAUUGCCGAGGAAUAAUUGGCGUCAAGUCCAAGCCUGGCAGACAUGAUGCUUCAAAAGCGGUCCACAAGAAAUCCGCCGAGAAAAGGUGGAAUAUUCUCAACGCUAUAAAUCUGUCUCAAAUUGAUCCAAGUAAAAUGAAACCUCUGUUAAGGAGAGAAAAGAUGUAUGUUCGGGAUCACCGAUGUUUUCUCUUACGAAAUUAUGAAACGAUGCGACGCAUCAGAUCGGGUUCAGGAAGAGAAAGUAAAACGAAGAGCAAAUUGGAGAAAAUUAUGACGAGUUGGGCGAAUCGAUAUAGAUGUGGGUCAAAUAAGAACAAAUCUCCUUCGGUAACUGAUUGCGACAAGGAGUUGGUAGAUCAAGUUAGGAUUUGCCAGAUUUUGUACGAGCUUUACUUGAAGUUAACGACGUUCAAAGAUAUGGACGGCAACUUAAUUUGUAAGGAGUUUAUGGGGCUCCCUCAACAACGAAAAGGAUCGUUUUCAACAACACCGGCUGAAAAUAAGGUCGAAGCAUUUGAUCUUACUACCCUUGGAAGAAAGAUUCUCCGAGGUGAAUACAAAAAUUUACAAGCCCUGGAGGCUCACCUUGGAAUAAUUCUAAGUGCAACUACUGGAACUGAUAAAGACAAACCAUUGUCGAAAGCAGCAGAGAAAGUGAAAAACAAGUAUAAAGAGUUCAAAUCGAAAGCAGUGACUGAGCUGGAUCCUUUUAUCACCGUCACCAGCACCACCACAGGGAGGCAGGGAUCAAUGAUUAACUUACCUGCGUUGUUGGAUGCAGACCACUCAGGAGACGAUGGAGUGAUUAGAUGCAUCUGUGGAUGUAUUGACGAUGAAGGGACAAUGAUUCAAUGCGAUAGAUGUAAUGUUUGGCAACAUUGCGAUUGUAUGCGAGUACCACUGGCUAACAGACGGACGACACAAAAUUACAAAAGCAGAAGGAAAAAUGCGUUUAAAAACUCUCCCCACAAAUUUCAACCACCUAGACCACAAGGAACAUUAGUGCCAAUGAGUUCAAGGAAUAUCUUGAAUCAUUCAUAUAUUUCAGAGGAGGAUGUUGUAAUCGACAACAUUGUUAUCAACGUGAAUGAAGAGUUACCUGUCCACGACGAGGAUGACUCAAAUUCAAAUAAUAAGCUGUGCGACAUCUCAUGUGAUGAAGAAAUUGAUAUUUCAGAGAUGGAAACUCAACGGAUUGAUUUAGACGAAUUGGCUGUUUGCGAACCUCUUCCAGUUAUUCACAAUGGUGGUGGUGAUGAAGACCAGGAAUCUACUGCCGCUGAACCUUCUGAGCAGCCCUACUUUUGUGAGCAGUGUCAGCCACGAGAAGUAAAUUUCGAGAUUCCCUUGUUAACGUAUGACAAAGAACCGGAUAAGACGUAUUUCAAAACCUUGGUGCGAGAAGACAACUUUGUAAUUCGAAAAGGAGACCAUGUCUACGUGCUCAGAGAUUAUCCACCUGAUCAAAAGAUUGGUCCGGAUGGGAAGGAAAAGACUAGACUAACCUACUUAACUGCUCCACCCCUGGAUCCUGAACAAUGUGAUAUUGUUAAAGUUGAACAACUUUGGAAGCAAGCAAGCGGAGCUUUUGUGGUCGGCUGUCACUAUUUGCGACCAAAGGAAACCUUUCACGAGCCAACACGACGGUUUUAUCCUAAUGAGAUUUUGAGAUCACCUGUAACGGAAUAUGUUCCCAUUGAGCUCAUCCACGGUCGGUGUUGGGUUGUAGACCCUGCAACUUAUUGCAAAGGGAGACCAAUUGAUUGCCUUGAGGAGCACUUAUACAUUUGCGAGUUUAGGGUUGAUAAGACUGCUAGGAUUUUUAACAAAAUUGGGAGAGCUCAACACACCAACAUACAACCGUUUGCGUUUAGAUUUUUUGAGACAAGAGUAAAAAUACAGAGGAAUGUUCAUCCACAUGGUCCACCAAGUCCAGAUUUUCGACAAAAACCCAUCAUUACUCAGGCCACCGUAGAUCGGGACAAAGGUCAAUCUAAAAAGUCAGAAGGGAAAAAAGGAAAACGCUCACUUAAUACUUUGGAGCGUCUCAGAUUAAGAAAAAUGAGAACAAAACAAGCGGAUCGGCUGGAAAGUACUUUGUCUUGCCUACAUAAAAGAGUACCGAAUUUCUUUUCUGAAGACAAAGUAGACAUGUCUGGAUUGCUAAUAAAGGGAAGAAAAAAGACUACAAAAAAGUUCUAAUCAUCUCAACAGCCAUAACAAACUAAAACAUGCAAGUAAUUGGUUACUUAUUAUAGAUUUUAUAUUAUAGCUGAGGACUUUGCCAACGGAUUAUUUAUUUAGCUCCCUGAUUUUGACUUUGAAUCUUAGUAUACGUUUUCUUGUUAAUUAAUAAUUUUAAUUUAGUUCCGACAAAUUGACUUUUUCCUAAUCCAUUAUAUGUUAACCGUGUGCAAGUGUUUAUAUACCGACUCGAAUAGAAAAAAAUUCGUAAAUGCGCUAGAGGUUGUUGUUAUAAAAAAGAAACAUGAAACGAAAAAAUAAUCGUAAUGUUAAACUAUGGGUACUAUGAACUUACGUACAAGAAUUCCGAUGAAACUAAUGAACGAGAAAUUAAUAAAUGUACAAUAAUAUUAAUAAUUGUUUCUCAAUAAAUUGCCAUUCUGCUGUCUUAAAUUGCUAAAUAGGUCGCAAUGUAAAGAUUUGAAAUAAAAUGAUUUUUAAAUAAUGUAAACGCA